GAGCGCUGGACCAAGAAUGUGGCGCGGGGAAGGGUCUUAAGCCUGCGACGCGGCAUUGUGGCGGUCGGGCGGGGCUCUCUAGGUGGUAACACGCCUGGCAAGCCAGCCCUGCGCUCAGUGACACUGAGGAGUGGCGGUGACGAUGGAGUUCCCACGGCUUCCAGGCUCGCGCAGCAGAACUGGGCGCGCGACCAGUCACUCCAAGCAUCUCCACGGACGCCGCGAUGCCCGGCGCUUGGUUGCUGCUCGCCAUGGCGCUGACCCUGACCGUGGCUGGUUUUCCGGGAGGUCGCGCACAGCCGGAGGUGGCCCAGCAGGAGGCAGCGAUGGCCGCCGAGCAUGCGGAUCUGGACGACCUCCUGCACCAAGCAGAGCGCCUCUUACUCCUUCGCGAAGACGUCCAGCGGCUGCGAGGAAACCAGGGCGAUCCCGAAUCUGAGUCUCAGAUCAUUCAACCCGACUGGCUCUCCAAGCGUCAGCAUCCAGGCAAAAGGGAGGGGGAGGCAGAAGAGGGGGUUGAAGAGGAGGAGGAAGAAGGUGGGGCUGUGGGCCCCCACAAACGGCAGCAUCCUGGCCGGCGGGAGGAUGUGGCUGCCUGGUCCGAUGUCACCCAGCAAAAGUGGCAGCAUCCUGGCCGGCGCCCCUCCUGGCUGGGUUACACUUUCACCAAGAGGCAGCACCCAGGCAGACGGCUGGUGGAUUCCAAGGCCCAGAGGAGCUGGGAGGCAGAGGAGGAGGAAGAGGAGGAGGAAGAGGGCGAGCCCAUCCCUGGGAAACGCCAGCAUCCCGGCAAGAGGGCUCUGGGGGGCCCUUGUGGGCCUGGGGAAGCCUGUGGUCAAGCCAGCCUCCUGCUGGGACUCCUAGAUGACCUGAGCAGGGGUCAGGGGGCUGAGGAGAAGCGGCAGCAUCCUGGGCGGCGGGCAGCCUGGGCCAGGGAGCCACUGGAGGAGUGAACCCAGUUUCCUAUAAAGUUUAGAGUCUGAGAAUGUCUUAAGCCUUUGUGGCCCUAUCCCUUUGUGACCCCCUCUUUCCCUCCCCACCUUAGAUCCCUGACCAUACACCUGGGCCUCCCCCCACCCCAUAUACAACACCCAACUCCCUGGCCUUGUCCUCCCGCCCCCUUCAGGGACAUGAGAAAGGAAGCCUCUGAGUUUAAACUCCAUAUUACCCCAACUUUCCACUGUUGGCUAGGGGUCAGAUCCCAGAGUCCCUCUCCUCGCACUCCCUGUGGCUGCUCCCCUUCCUUAACUCUGGCUAAAAUGAUCCUUUUGUGUCCUCCAAGGGACCCCAGAGAGAACCAGGGUGACUCUGGAUUUAGCAGACAUUGAGGUCAGGGUGGGAUUGAAAAUGUGAUGUCCAAAUCCAGUUCUUAUCCUCACCUUCUUGGGCAUCCUUUUGUGGGUGGGCAGAGCCCUGCCCCAGGGCUGUGCUCUGCUUGGGUGAAGCACUGCGGGGAGGGGCAUCCUGUGCAGUGCUCUGUGGAGAGUGUGAAAAUAAAUCUGUGCAGGCAUUUGGAAACCACCCCGAAAGCUGACUUCUAUAUAACCCUCUAGCGUCUUCCCCUGUCCAUGAUAAUCAUCUGAAUGAUAAUAAACCAUGCAUCUAUAUAAUCUUGGAA